UGAUCAUCAUGAUCAUCAUCUAAUCUUCACACACAUCCAAAACGCACUUCACGGCUGCAAUGUCGCCUCUAAAUUCGAUCGGGACCGCCGCCUACAAUGACAACAUUUCUCAGCCCGGUUGCCAUUCCCGGUCUCCAUACGCUGCCGACCAGGGAGGACUUGGAAGAGGCAGCGCUGUCCUACAACUCGCUCCCGACGACAAGGACCAGCCUGAAAUCUCGCCGGCUCAUCUCAAGGAGAUCAAGGACAUCAUCAUGAACUAUCGUGUCCAGGAAAAGUUCGGCAUCCAUCUGGUCCACAGCCACUUGCAGGUUGACAAGGGCAAAAUCAUGCACGGAAUGGCCAUGGCCAGCCUCCGAGGCUGUUAGACGCGCCCGACCGAAAUCUCCAGCUUGGUUAUCGGCGACAUACACGGUCACAUUCUCUGUCCUAUGGCCUCUUCACUACAUCUG